GGGCUGAGGCGGAGGGAGGGGGUAAGAUGGCGGCGCCCGUCCUGCUGCGAGUGUCGGUGCCGCGCUGGGAGCGGGUGGCCCGCUCCGCCGUGUGCGCGGCCGGCAUCCUGCUGUCCCUCUACGCCUGCCACCUGGAGCGGGAGAAGGGCCGCGAUCUCCACUACCAGGCCUUGUGCGACCUCAGCGAGAGGGUUCGCUGCUCCGCCGCCAUCACCUCCAGAUGGGGUCGAGGAUUCGGUCUGUUGGGUUCCAUCUUUGGAAAGGACAGUGCAAUAAAUCAGUCCAACAGUGUGUUUGGGCUCGUGUUUUAUAUACUACAAAUGCUACUUGGUAUGACAGCAAGUGCAGUAGCAGCUCUAAUCCUCAUGACAUCCUCCAUAGUGUCUGUAGUAGGGUCUUUGUACUUGGCGUACAUUCUGUACUUCGUGCUGAAGGAAUUUUGCAUUGUCUGCGUCAUCACAUAUUUGCUGAACUUCAUUCUCUUUAUCAUCAACUACAAACGACUAGUUUAUUUGAACGAGGCCUGGAAACGGCAACUCCAACCCAAACAGGAAUAGCGCCUGUUCGAACUUAUGACUGACAGCCUGAAGACCCAACUUCCAUUAAGUUUAUUUUGCAGUAAUUUUUUAUUCUCCAUAUCAGACGCUUUCCCUGAGAUUCAUAACUGAAUUUUUAAUUAUAAAUUGGAAGGGGCCCUAGAUAAUUUUUUUUUUGUGCUAAUCUUCAAUUUAAAUGUGGUUGUGAAAGAAAGCUGUAAAGCAAUCAAAGACAAGCUUUAACUUUACUUUGAAGGAGUUCUAGCCACAGCAAAACCUAGACUCUCUCCUCCCCCUCCACUUGUAAAGUGGGUAACACUUGCUAUAAAAUAUCCUGUAUAUAAAUUCAGGUAUAACGAGAUGUGAUCAUGACAUUAAAUAUUCUAGAAUAGCAUUAUAAUAUUUAAUGUUGCCAUGUUUACAGUCUGUGUAUUACAUUCUUUUUUUUUUUUUUUAGCUGAUGGACUUAGAUUUGACUAGGACUUAUUCUGUAAAUAAAGUUAGAAAUCUUGGUUUCAUCCCUGGAGAACUCACUGUACAAUCAGUUUUGUUAGCCUAGGAGCUUUCGGAGUGUUCAGCUAACAGUCAACUGACGUGAUGGAAGAAGUGAGCUCUGUAGAGCACCGUGCUGGGGCACUCACUGCUGGUGCUUUCACAAAAAUGACGGUUGGGUUUUGUUCCAUUUCCCUUGUUCCCUAUCGAAAAUGGAAUUAAAGCUGAAACCUGAAGUAUGUUCAUUAAACCACAGUUUCAUUCACUUCUGUACGGAAUGAAAAUAGCUCAAUGUGGUCGAUAGAAAGUUACCACCAGGAUAUGAGAUACAGUGUGGGCUCUUGGUGUAUCAAAGAGUGCUCUUGUUCCACGCAGUGCUGUUUCAUUUUGAAUUGCGGUCAGACAGGCAGUGUUACUAACGUUUGAUGUUCUAUGAAUGCUGCAGUAUAGGAUUGCGAUCUGCAGUGGAAACCACUGACUGAGCAGGAUAACCAAGUAGUGCACCAAAUAAGCAGAUACUGAAUUGAUCUUUGUCAGGAUCUUUGGUUUGUGCUAUAUUGGGAAGUGAACUUUAGGCCUGACACACACACACAAGAUCCUUUGGAAGGGCAGUCUGUUUCGUGGGAUAAGUAAAUGUGCUCCUGAAAUUGAAACCUGAUGCAGCGCUAUCAUUGCUCUUUCUAAUAACUAAUUAAAAAAGAAAAUUAAACUGCAGAUUUAAACAAAGGAACAAAAUUGUAAUGCUGUUUCUGCUCGCAGUAUUCUAAAGCUGAAUGUUAAAAGUGCCUUCUGUCUUAAAAUCCUAAACCAAAUACUUAGUGUUGAACUUGGCAGACAGAAGUGUCCUUGCUUUAAAAGUGAACAAACAAACAAAAGCCCCAGCAAAUUUGCUGGACAUAGAAAAGUAUUAAGAAACCUAUUUUAGUUUUUAGACUGAGAAGUGGUAGCAAUACUAAACCAAUGUGAUAGGAAGUCAAUGACGCCAUUUGGAAAAGUGAAACGCUUGUGUUUGGAACUCUGUGACACCAGAAUAUUCAGCUACGUUCUGUAAUUGGUGCUGUGCUGCUUUUUGCCCUUGUCAGCUUCUAAAUACAAAGAAUUCCAACUGCGUACCUGUUUAUUUAAAGAAUUAGUUUAACUAAUCUUAGGAUUGUUUCUUAAACAUGAAUGUCAGAAAGACACGUUGUAUGGCUAAGUGGAUUACAAACACUACGUUGCUGAGGAUGAACUUGACUGUGAAACAUACAGUAUUCAGUAGAGAAAAUAGAAUUUUUCGGUUGAAUUCACAAAAUAGUAUUUGCUACUGAAGUAAUUUUCUGGUUUGUAUCAAGGAUGUAGGUGGAAACUGCUUUAUGUAUAGAGUUCUGUGGUAUGAGUAACAUCUGUUGCAUGUAACACUAAAUUACUUGUCCCUCUUGUCUAAUGGUUUUAGACAAUUCAUUAAAUGCAUUUUGUAUUGACCA